CGGGUUGCAAUGUAUACGUGGGUAAUAAGCGUGUCGAAGGGUUUUGGAUUGGCCCCGUUCAAUCAAGACCAGCCCGUUGCAUCAUGUGUCGACUUCAUCCUUAUGAUAAUUUUCCCAAUUGGCUACAUAGCUUGUUUCAUUUACGUCUUCUCAUGGAGCGACGACCUCCCUCUCAUACAGAACUGUCCAACGAUCUGCGCCUCAGGACAUUUUCUCUUUAUCGAACUUGGAAUGUUCAUGUUCUUCUGGUCAUUUGUUUUGAAUUUGAUGAAACGUAGAUUCUACAUUGAUUUCGACCGCGCCAUAGACGAUAUCAAACAUGAACUGGUGAAAUGCAACCCCAAGUUAGCAUUGAAGCAGGUCAAAAAUCGAAAGGUGAAAAUCGCUACCGCAAUCGCUGUGGGGGUUGUAUUCAGUACUGGAAUGAUUUUUGAUGGAUACAACAUGUUUCAAAUGCUAGGAAUAACGUUUCCGUUUGUAUCGAUAGCAUACGGUUUUCCAUUUUGGAUUGGUUGUUUGGUUCAGAUUCAGUUUAUUGCGUUUAUAAAUGUGGUGGCGGAGCAUUUUGAGUGGCUCAACGAGGUAUUGGAGCAAAUUUGCGAGGAAUGCGAUAAGCAGAAAAGCUAUAAAUUCAAACUGUUCGAUAUACAAACCGACUUUAUCCAGAAGAGUACAUUGAAGAAGUUGGAAGUUGGGAAGAAACCAAAGGAGCAGGAGAAGCAAGAGGAAGAUGAUGAGCCGCAACACACCGAACGAUACCUGGUUAACGUAUUCCGGAUACACAACAGACUCUACCAAACUGGGGUCGUGAUCAAUCGGGCCUAUGCUGUCCAGAUUGUUAGCUACAUGACAGUGGCUUUUGUGAUCAUCGUUUUUGGGAUUUUCUUGGAAACAAAAGUGAUUUUUCUUGUUGGAGGGAUCAACAAAUAUCUAGACUAUAUGGCGCAUUCGUAUGCUUUGUGGGCACUCAGUCUCUCAAUUGUCGCGUAUAUCGUCUUGCGUCUGUGUUGCAGAGUUCAACGAGAGGCUAAGCGCUCGGCUCUUCUAGUUCAUGAGAUUAUGCAAAGGAAGCCUGCGUUCAUGUUGGGUAACGAUAUCUACUAUAACCGAAUGAAGUGUUUUACGCUACAAUAUCUUCACUGGGAGAACUAUUUUCAUUUUAAUGGAUUGGGGCUGUUUCGAUUGGAUUACACUUUUAUAUUUUCGGCAAUCAGCGCGGCUACGUCGUACCUUAUUGUGCUGCUGCAGUUCGACUUGACUUCGGAAAUAACGAAACAUGAGGGUAAGCUUGACGACUAAACGCGAGAGAGAAGACAUGUAGCCCCACUACCGACCAAUUUGUAUCGAAGUAAAUGAAAC